AUGAACUUGAACUCAUCUACCGUCAUGCUGCUGUUCACCCUGCAAGGGGGAACGAGAAUAGCAUGGGCAGAAGGGGAGGUGGAACUUGAGCUUCCUGAGGCACCUGAGGGGUCUGAGGGGAGUGAUGGGACAGUGUUCCGUCCAUCUGCGUCAGUCAUGGAGAGCCCUGAGCGCGUGAGGCGCGUCACACCCCCAAGCACCACCAGCGCCCACACCUACGCCGCACACACCAUCAGCCACCCCCCCACCGCCCUCUCUGCUGCCGCCCCCCCCGCCACUAGCGCGUGUGCGCCUGCCUCUGCUGCUGCUGACGUGGCGGAUGGGAAUGAGGUUGGGGCGGUGGAUGCUGCUGCUGGGGUGGGGGCUGGGCUUGCUGCUGGUGACGUGGCUGAGAGUGCUGACGUGGCGGAGGAGGUUUGGAGCGUGCGGAUCACAUUGGCUGGGGAUGAGAGGGAGGGGGAGGCGGAUGACUGGAGUGCUGCGGAAAUAGUGAAAUAUAUUUUGGGUGGCAUGCUGUUGGUUGCUCGCAUGUGCGGUCUGCUGAUGCUGCCGAUUUGCUGUAUCGCAUGA